AUGGCAAUUAAAUGUAAGCAUUCUGACCAUUCGUCUGCGGAAGAUCAGGUCAAAUAUCAGAAGAUUCAGGCUGAAGAAGAUCAAAACAGUAAAGAAAGUGAAGGUAAGGAGUAAAAGUGGAUGAGACAUUGUUGUAAACUAAUUGAAAGCAAUGUUUGUUUACAAUUUGUCAGAAAACUGUCAUGAAUCCCGAACGGAAGUUGUGUACCUAUGACCUUGCAUUCAUACUUUUCCUUUCAGUAUAUUUAAAUUUUCGUCAAUCUCUCUGCCAAAUGUGUCACUCUUUUUGCCAUUAUUUUAAGAACCUGGUUGCCUAUGUAUAUUAAAUAAGUGGUUUUCUUUGCUUAGGGUAUCAACGGCUUAUUGAGAUGUACACUGUUAUUUUCAUUUGUAUUUUGUCAUGAAAUGUUUAGUUUUGUUAUGUAUUUUUGGAAAGUUGAUUCCUUACCACGAGUUGAUAGUAUCAUGAACAAUCCAUUCUGAAGUAAAAUUGACAUCAAACUGCAGAUGAAGCUUUAAGAUAACAUUGAUCUUCCAUUAGUUUCUCAUGAAAUGUUUGGUUUCUUAUAUAUUUUUUGAAAGUUGGUUCCUCACCACGAGUCAAUAGGAUAAUGAAGAAUCCGUUCUGAAUGUAAAAUUGACAUUGAAUUGCAGAUGAAGCUUAAAGAUCACAUUGAUGUUCCAGCAGUUUCUAUGUACUUUGACACAAGUGUGACUGAAAAUCUUAAUUAUUUAUUUUCAUCAGGAAUGCAUGCAAGAAAAGAUUUUUUACUAUUUAGGGUUCACAUUUUGUGCAUAUGAACAAGGAAGGUUUAUAAGCUGAAAACUGUUAUGCAAGUAAAGAUGUGUCACUAACCUGUAUCAGAAGGAUACAAGUUACUAGUUACACCAGUUUUAACCAACUAUUGGUACUUUUAUAUCAAGGUGCGGAAAAGGCAGGAGAUACAUAUGACCUAACCCAUCUGAAGCAUGACUGGUAUGAUAAGGUGGGUUUAAAUUUAAAAAAAUGUUUUUGAGGAAGAAUGGAGUGUUAACCAGGACCUAAACAUUUUUUCCUGUCUGUCAAUGUACUACUGAUUCCAGUAUGCAAUGUUUCAGAUGUUUUUUCUAAAUUUGUAAGAUAACAACACAGGAAGGGCAUAGAUAAACUGAUUCCAGUAUGCAAUGUUUCAGUUGCAUUUUCUAAAUUUGUAAGAUAACUACCCAGCAAGGGCAAAGAUACACUGUAUGAAUUUUUUUUUAAUUGAGAAAAACAUCAAGCAAUGUGCCAUUAGAGAAAGGUGGGCAUCAUAUUUUAAAGUAAGGUCUCCAAAAUUUCCUUAUUAGCUUUUUCAUCACCAAGAAAAGAUACUAUCACAGAUUCUUAUAUCUUGUAAUCUGAAGUUUUCCUCAUUCCUCUUCUUUCUUCUACAGUUAUAUGCAAUUAUUGGAUGCAUGCUAAGUUGAAUAUAGCAAUCUUCAAAGUUCAUGUAGGGUCAGCAUUUUUUGUGUUCCUUGAAAGGAUUUUCCUUUGGCUUAUGUAGGAAUAUCAGAAACUUAUAUUUUGCUUUUUUAAUAAUUUUUUUCAUAACAUGGUAAAUGCCAUCAUCAAAACCCUUACCAGUGUCUUUGUGGUCCAAUGGUAUAAUUUGUGAUUAUACUUUUAAAGUCCCUGAUGUUGCUUCUCGUUAAUUUAGCAAAGUGUAUUUUCAAAUAAUACAAUUGCCCAUGUGUGUGUACUUCACAGAAUAUUUAUGAACUGUUGUAUAUCUACCUGCAUCACUCUGUAGUUAGCCUAAAGAAAAUAAUUGGAAAUUUUAGAAGGGAAUUAAGCAAACUAUCAUUUGAAAUAAAAUAGAAAGUGCAAAGGGACAGAAAAGAAGGAGGGAAAACCCAAAGAGGAAGAAGGCUUGCUUGAGUAACACAAGUCACUGUUCCAUGACUGUGUGUUUUUUACUGGAUGCAUUUGUAAACAGUACAUUGGUACCAACAGUAGAACCCUGCUAACAAACCUCCUGGUAACUCAUUCAAGAUCAGAUUUUCCCAUGACUAAAUUUUCCAGUCAUUUACUAUAAGCUAACUUAAGACUUUCUUUGUUUCACUUGGGAGUUUGAAUGUACAGGGUUUUACUAUAUCUUAGCCAGCACUGAAGAGUGAUACUGUAUGUUGUUUGGUCCCAUACACCUGUAUCUUUGAUGUUUUCAAACUUCCAAAAUUUCUUGGUUUUUGAGACAAGAAUUGUCUUGACUUUCAUUUUCUAAUUCUGUUUCUUUCAGGGUGAAUUUGUUAUUGUCCAUGUGUAUAUCAAAAAUUUUAUCACACUUGAUACAGUCCUUUAUGAAGAUGAACUUGGAGUUAAAUUUUCCACCAGGUUUGUUAUCACAUGUGUCAAUAAUUUUUCUCUAUGCUUUCAGCACUCAAAGUUGGAACCAUUUUGGUCACCAUGGCAAAUGAAAUAUGUAUUUGGUGACUAAAAUUUUGACAGUAUUGUUGUUUACUGGUUGAUGCAAUUACUUUGGAUGUUGGUUGUUGAACUCUAUCAAUUAAUUUGUUUUACUGGAUAUAUCCACAGGGAAAAAUCAUUUCUAAAGAUGUACUCUGGUACAUCAGAAAGGACUUUGUUUUUAUGGAAUCUUCGACUCAGGUUUGCCACAGAUAAUUUUUAUAAAUUUAUGGUAAUUUGAGUGACUGUCUUCUAAUGUCUUCUUCAGUACAUAUCACCCACAAAUCAAAUGAGCAUGUAUGUAAAGUGGUGGAAAUAAAUGAAAUAAUCACUAAUUUUAGGAAUCUCUUGAUUGUCAAACAAAUUCUCCUUGUUACUUCCAGGGGGAAUGUAAAAAGAACAGUUUGGAGAAUAUGAUUACCAAUUUUAGGUUGUAAAGUGUUCAAACUUGACUUUGAUUUAUUCUAGUGCUGUGUAUUUUGAGCUCUGUGGCUACUUUUUUUAACAAUUUUUUAUCAAAGCCUGCAAGUCACUUUGUUUUUACUUAGAACCCUUGAUGCCUACAUGUACAUGUAGACACCAUGUACACCUGUAGUGUGACAACACAACAUCUACUGUCCUGUAGUGUUUAGUGAUCACUGACGACAAUUUACAAAUAAUUUUCUUUUAUGUUACCCCCACUGAUAACAGAUCACUGACGAUUAAACUUGAGUCACAGAACGAUACAUUUAACACUAUUGAGUGAUUAGUAUUCUGUGAUAGAAGAGAAAUUUUGUACUCUGCUUUCCAUUAUAAUUACUAUAAUCACAUCACCUGUGAAUGAAAGGAAGCCUUUCUCCAAUGUUGUCUUUGUUAUGGUCCAAAACAUUUUAGGGUGAUUGUUCUGAAUUCAAGAGAUAAGGAUUUUAGUCUAGUCAUGUUGUCUGUACUGGUUUUGUCUUAUUUUUCUUCAACUAUGCAGAGUAGUUGUUUAUGAUGGCUUUGUCUUGUUUUUUUUCUCUGACUGUGCAGAGGGAAAGUUGAUGUGGAAACCUCCCAGAGCAGAGUUUCAAAAGCCUUUCUUGAAUUUUCAUUAAAAAAGACAAGUCCUGGCCGAUGGAGUGGUUUGACACAGCCACAUAUCCCAGGUAGAUAGAGUAGAUACUGUAGAUAUCCAAGCUUGAUCUUAUCUUGCAGUGCUAACAGGCACAUUUUUGAGAAUAUGGAAUAUAUUUUGACAAAUAUAUUCUAUAUUGUUGUGUGUCUGUUCAGUAAUGGAUUACAUAUGGACUCAAAAUAUGGUAUGAACAAAAACAUGGCACACAGGGUGCAUUUGCAUGUGUCACCCAUGUUCUCACAACGUUUUAAUGUUUUCUGUGAUAUAUUACUUUAGAGAACCAUGGCAACAUGGAAUCUAUUUGUUUUAUACAAUAGAAAAGCAAAAGCUUAUAGUGGUGACCUCAUCCACACAUGUCCUCUUAUAGGGUAUUGGUUAGAACUGAUCAAAAUGUGUGUAGGGUUCAGCUUAUCAUAUAGUUAAUUUUAAUUUACUUACCUCUACUUACUUUAACUGCUAGAGAUCAUGCUGACUAAGUUGUCUUCCAAAAGUUUGUCAAAGAUAUUGUUGUCAUACUGAAGUUAAUCUUCAACUCCCAAGAUCAAAUUGUUAAUUCUCCCCUCUAGCUGCAACACAUUUCCUUGUAAGUAAGUUACAAGAAUUUGAUCAAGGUAACAACUUCUACCUGAUAAGUUUGAGUAUUCUCAUUACCUGCUUGCAGGUUAAUGUAUGGAUAUUGUAGGGAGAAGUUACAUUAAUCUCUUCUGGGAGUUGCACUGUAAAGGGUUAAAAUGAAAUUACACUCAAAUGUAAUACACCUUACUAAAAUGUCAUUUUUUCAUUUCUUUUUUUCAGGAAAUUUAGAGAAAAGUGAUUUGUCAAUUGAUAGGCCCUUCAAACAGCUAUUUAAAAUUGGAAACCAUGAUAUGUGUCCUGGGUCAAUGUCCAAAGAACCAAUAACCAAUGGGAUUCAUGAGAAUUGUAACAGUGGAAAGAACACUGAGGCUGCUCUGCCAAAUGAAUCAACAAAGAACAUAGCUAUGGAAAGUAAAGAAAAGAUAGGUGAAGAAGUUGUUACCAGACCUGAGGAAAAACUUCCUCAAGGUGGGCAUUCUGCGACAUCAAAGGAACCGGACUGUCCUUUGACAAGUGGGUCUUCUGUGUCUGAGAAUCCUUGUGACUCCUGUGGAUCUUCAGAUAAGGAAAGUGCCAACCUAGGUUUUGUUGAGGAAUGUAUACCAGGAGCUGUUGAUAGCGAUGACCUAUUGGAAAAUUGUGAUUCAAAAACUUCACCGCAAUCUCAACCUCUGUCAAAAGAUCGUGAAAUUAGAACUCCACAUGCACACAAUGAAUCAUCAAAUGGGAAUGCAACUUCAGACAGACCUGUGGAAACAGAGGAGACAGAUCAGGAUCUGUACUCUCAGGUUCAACAUGUGGCAGGGACCUCUACUGCAGAAAGUCUGACAACUUCAUUCAGUACUCUUUCCACUUCUGUGCAACCUAGUACAUCAACGUCAACCCUUCCUUCUGUGUCACCAUUUGACUCAAAUUUUAGAUCAGCAGGAGAGACAACCGUACCUCCACCACCUCCCAUACCACCUCCUCCUCCAUCAUACACCCCUGCUGUGCAGGGAUGUGGUGAUGGCCAAGUUAAAACUGGAGUUAUGGGUGGAAACAAAAGUAAUAUUAAUGACCUUCCCUUCAGUGACGCCAUUAAAGCAGCAACAUCCAAGGGUGCUAGUGGCAGUAGUUUUGAUGAUGAUGAUGAUUAUUAUUCUGAUCAGGAGUUGUCCUAUUUCGGCCUCACAGGGUUGGAAAACUUGGGAAAUACCUGUUAUUUGAACUCCAUAAUCCAAUGCUUAGCUAACACAAGACCUCUUAGGGACUUCUUCCUUGGUAAGUUUUGACAAUAUUGUACAGGUAUCCAUCAACCACUACUGUUUGUGGCUCAAAUGGAUGCUAGAAACCCUGUAAAGUUACUAAUUUACACACAACUCACACCAUCAUGCAUUAUUUUCUGAUUUGCUCAAAUCCACUUGUAAAAUGUGAAAUUGACUUUAGUUAGUAACUGAUUGGAUAUCACAGUCAAGAUUAUGAUGGUUGGGAUUGUUGUAUACUCAGGUGAACAGUUUAAAGAGGACAUAAACACAGAAAAUCCAUUGGGCACAGGAGGAAAGCUUGCCAUCAUUUUUGCCAACCUAAUGAGUAACUUGUGGUCUGGAAAGGAUAGAUCUCUAUCACCAUACAAACUAAAGGUAACCAAAAUAAAAAAGAAUAGGUAUGUGUACAUGACUGGGUAUAUCUUUGCCAUUCCUUGCUAACCAGUUUCAUUAUUGUUGUUUUUAUUCAUGCUGUUUUGGUGUUUUUCUGCUCAAACAGAUGGUUGUUUUAAAAUUUUUUCUCUCUUAAUAAAUCUGUCAAAAUAACUUACUGUAAGUUGUCCUGUAGAUUGUUGAAAACUGAAAGAAUGGAGUGCAAAGACAAUUAUACUUUUUUUUUAGACCAACACUGGCAAGCGCCUCCAGAGUUUUGUUCACUCUUCCUGAAUUAAUACCUCACUGAACAUUUCUUGUAGGGAAUUGUGGGUGAGAAAGUCUGUCAGUUCAAAGGGUUUAUGCAGCAGGAUGCUCAGGAAUUCAUGGCCUUUUUAUUGGAUGGCCUUCAUGAGGUAAAAGAUGUAAACAAUUUUUUUUCUGGAACCUCCAGUAGGUGUAGUACAUAAAGCAACCUUACAUGUUUUUUCAAAGCAAUCCAUAUAAGGAUUUUGAUGAGUCACUCUCAACUGUUAGUAAAAUAAUAAAUUGUAAACCUGUAUGCUGCAGAUAAAUUUGAAACCAUUUGCUCUAAAUCCUACACAUCCUGUGGCUUUUAACGUGCAUGGGAUAAUUUUUUAGGAUCUUAAUAGAGUUAAGGAGAAGCCCUAUGUGGAAGAGGUGGAAGGAGCUGGGAGGCCUGAUGCUGAAGUUGCAAAUGAAGCGUGGAAGAGAUACAAGAGCAGGAAUGAUUCAGUGAUUGUAGAUUUAUUCCAAGGACAAUUGAAAUCCAAACUCACUUGCCCAGUGUGUAAGAAGGUUAGUUUGGAGAAUGGUGGAGUCGAUUGAAGUGGACUUCAAUGAUCUUUAAGUCCAUCAAAGAUGCACACUCGAAAAACUUUCAACAAAAGUACUUUGUUCCAAAGAAAGAAUGGGAGGCUGCUGUGAAAAGGAUACUUUACACGUAAUUCUUUCCACGUUUCAUGCAACCACCACAUUAUGCACUACGUGUAUAUGUUUUGAUUGGUCAAUUUAGCUGGUAGUAUUGUAAAAUCAGAUAUAUUUAAAGUUAAGAGGAAUUUUGUUUUCAAAAUUUCUCCGUUUUAAUAGUCAACUGUUCUUACCUGUUGCAAGCAGAUGGAAAUUCAGAACUUUUGUUUCCUUUAAAUUGUGCGUUAACAUGUGCUAAAUAGUUGAAAAUUAGUCCAAAUGGAUUUGUUUUGCUGUCAACAUGUAUGAGUCAUUCAAGCCUUCUAAUCAUUUCCUGCUCCCUUUAAUUUAGGGGCAACUCAGUCUAUGAAUUGCAGAACUCAGUUUAUGAGAAAUUGUAUACAAUAAAUCACUUAUUUAUUUAAAUUUGUUUUCUAGAUUUCUAUAAAAUAUGAUCCCUUUAUGAAUCUGUCUGUACCACUGCCAAAAGACCAGAAAAAGCUGCCUGUGUAUGUUUUCUUCAAAAACUACAACAGAGUUCCUCUCAAGGUAAAGAGGGGUGUAAGGUUUAAUUUUUCAUGGAUUUAUUUUCUCAAAACCAAACUGGCUUCAAAAACUUUAAACCAGGGGAAAAUAAAAGUGACACGUACAUGCUUUAAUUCAAAUUUUUAUACAUUGAUUUUUUUAUUAUUAUUGUACAUUAAUAUGCUUUAAUUUUAUUUGUCAGGUGCAAACCAAUUUCACCAUUGAUUUUUUAUUUAGUUUUGUUUAUCUGUUAGUAUUAACCAUUGAGUUUUUGAUAUACACUGUAAAUGAAUCUUUCAGUGUCCUCUGUCGUUGUUUAAACUGACGUGUCCAGUUUAGACACAAAUGGGUAACUUUUUCGUUUUCAUUUUAGAUUGGGGUGAAAGUCGCUCUGGAAGCGAACGUCGAGCAGUUAAAGUCUGCCGUAGAAAGAAUUACUGGAAUUCUACCUGAUCAUGUAAGUGACUGUUUUUGUAAGCACGGUUACUGAUAAACCAACCGUGUAGGUGCACUGUAGACGAUUGUUAUUUAAAAACGUUCAUGUAAAGUAAGAGUAUUUAAAGCAUCUCAAAGUCUGUCAAAGGGAUAACGUGUGUAAAAAUGCUUAAAAUGUCUCUCCUAGCGAAGGUUAGCCAUGUUGCAAGUUAACGAAUCGUCUCGCAUCAGUGAUAAAAACUCUCUUUCUUCCACACGCCACGGUUCGCUUACGUCAAUCUCUGACGCCUCAUUCAAGCUAUUGUUGUUUGGAAACACAGGGGUUUCGUUAGCAGUCGGUUUGUCGGGUAGAUCUAUCCGUUUGUAAUGUGCUGGCUACUCGUUUGUAGCUGUUAGCCCUUUGUUAGAGCGACUUCAAGGGCUGCCGCUCGAAACGUCAGCCUUUAAACUCUUUACGGUAGCCAAUUUACGUUUUCAACUCAGUUGAUAACACUAAAUCACCCUGUUAUACUCUCCCACAGACGCAGCACCAGUUUCUCUAAAAACUUGCCAGCUUGCUUUUAUAACUUACUCAUUUGCACCAUGAUUUUAAAGAAACGACCUAACAAAAAUUAAUGCGCAACUUUAUACUACAAUUAGCGGCAGACUCCCUUGGUAUACUUGUUUCAAGACGAUAACUUCACAUAAACUGUACAUAAAUGUGUCCUUUUUGUUAUUACUGUUACACAGAUGAGAGUUUAUGAAGUCUUUAGAGGGAAAUUUCACCGCGCAUUUGAAAAAGCAGCUAGCUUGUCUUCUCUGAUGUCAAAUGACAUUAUAGUUGUGUAAGUACUCAUUAGGGUUAAUUCAGAGGUCUUAGUGAGCAGGAUCCUCGGAAAGUUUGGAAGAGAUAGCUUGGUUUCUCAAACAUGUGGCUUUUAAUUAUUACUUGUUAGGGUUAAAUCUGAAAGCUUAGUGGCCAGGGUCCUCAGAAAGUUAGGAAGAGAUAGCAUGGUCUCUCAAACAGGUGGCUUUUAAUUCAGGUGACAUAGGUACGAAGUCCCCGGAGGAGAAGGGGUUGGGUUCAUAUUCCGCCAGUGAACGUUUGGAAAUUUUGGGGCUUUGAAGUUUAUUGUAUAUACACACUCUCAUGUAUGUAAAGUACUACAAUGUGGCAGUUAAUUGCCAAGGAAAAAGGGAACGCCCCUGCUUGAAAUACGAAGAGAAUCUAAAACAGUGGGAGAAUGUAAGCGAAAAUUUUAUCGGUAGAUUGUGACGCUCAAGAAAUAAGUGUGAUUGUAAGGUUUUUUGGACAGUAAUCGAAUUUUCUUACAAUUAGUUGUUCGCUAAAAGAGAAACCCUAGCAUUAAUCCAGUUGCAAUGUGUUGAUACUGUGUUUGUGCCUAUGCAGAAAUUAGGAAGCUUUUCGCAGUGUAGAAACGCCAUUUUGUACGUUAAGCUAGUAGUAUGUCUUUACGUUUGUCAGAUCGAAGGUGCUUAUACUGUGUUUAUUUCGUUGUAGUUAUGAAGUGCUCAGUGAAGAGGAGGCGGGCGAACCAGUGUAUGAAGUACCAAUAAUACAGGUAUCACCUCUAAGUUCCGAAAGCUAACCCUCCGGACCGACUAUAAUAGAUUUCUCUGUAAAGUAUGCUUGAGACGAGGCAUACUCUCCGGAAUUGUAACUGUCACGGUUUUAAUAUGCACUGUCCACAGGGCAGUGUAGUCUGGCCCACUUCUGGUAUUAUGGCAAAUCGUUGUACAGGCUUUGGUUUUUGGGGAGAUCGACCAAACGAUAGCCCCUUUAAAGUAGAUUUUUUCCAUUCUUUCUUUCCCUUAAUCCUCUUGGAGGAGGGCAACUUAAGGAUCUCUCGAGUUUGCUCGCAAGGAAAAAGACAAAUAAUGAUAUUUAAAACAAAAACGACAGUCGAAGUAAAAGGCAGAUAGAAAUGGUUUGUUGAUGGCUUAUUGGCACGAGAGAGAGUUUCUUUGAGAUGAAAUAAAACUUAGAGUUCGAGCAGGCCGGUGUUAUUUACUUAUUUUAUGUUUUUAUUUUCGCAGAGAACAGUGUGCCCACGAGUGAUGCCCUCUCAUUGUGCGAGCUGUUACAAGCGCCCGGGGCCCAAUGACACCCUACGGAGAUGCACUCAAUGUUGGGGAAUAGGAUAUUGUAACCAGUAAGUCAAAGGAAAAAAGAAUGUUUUAUUGUCUUACUUCUCUGUACCUUGAGGUAUUCCCUUCUUUUCCAUAGCGCAUCCUGCUUACGCUUCAUUUUCAUGCGUGAGCAGCGCGUGCGCAAGAACAAAAUGGCAACUUUCAUCACAGUGUUCUCAUGCGCCAACAGUCGGUGUUUUUAGCCAGUUACUCGUUUUUGAAGCGCGAACCAUUGCUGCAUAGAAGGAAAGAAAUUGUAACGAUCUGAGAGAAAUUUUAACCUUUGCUGGUUAGUGACUUUUUAUGGCUGUCUACUCAACUGAAAAUUUUCUGUAGAGGACAGUUAUUCUGAUUAUGGCCGGAUGUCCGCCAGGGAUGUAAAUCGCGAUUUUCUCGUAAACGAGUUCAGUGGCCCGUAAUCAACAGGUGCGAGGGGAUAGGGAUGGAUGAAGAGGACAGGGGGACGUGAUGCGAGGAGAUAGAAGUCAUUUUAUCAACCACUCUUUUUUGUGUUAUGCAGACGAUGUCAAAAAGAUCAUUGGACAGCUCAUAAAAAGGUCUGCAAAAGGCUACCUCAACCCAUUGGAUUGCCCUUCGUCAUCAGCAUUCCUGCUUCAAAGGCCACCUUCAAACAACUACAAGUUAUGGCUGAAGAGUAUGCUAAGUAUGUCGAAUCUUGACUUUUUACUUCCAUUUUGAUAUGGUUGUUGUUGUUUUUUUGCAUUUCACUGCACUGCAUCAAAAGUUAUAAUUAUGAUUUUCAAUCGGAAUUUCUGCUACUUCCUUGUAAAUGACGGGCAUAUCAGGUUUAGUCUGACAGUACUAAAAAGGGGCCGCCACUUAAUGCUAAGGUGGAAAAACACGUGGGAGACAUUUUUUUCACUUGAAUUACCAAGAUACGGCACAUAUUAAUAUGAAUGAGCAUUGAAAUGUUUUGUUCUCGUUUUUUUUCCGUUUCUGUUUUUAUGUUUAUUUUUGUUUUGUUCUGUUUGUUUUUUUGCGGCAGGUAUUCAGUAAUUAUUCAGCCUGGUGAUAGUAGCCAGCAGAAUUCGCCAACAAAAGGUGACACAUCUACCUCAAGAGUUGACUCUGGUGAGUCAAACGACGAGAAAAUUGUUUUAUAUCUGGGUUGAAAUGUUGCCUUAUCAUCCUGUGCCAACAUUGUCUCUGGUGCAAAACCUCUACCUCUGAGCUCGAGUAUAUCCGUCGAUCGUCAUGCAUUCCUUAGAGUCACCAUCUACAACAUAACUUUCUGUCAACAAACAGUGUUCUACCUAAGGGAAUAGCAUGUAUUUUGGCCCCACAGGGUAUCUAAAAGGUUGCUGCUUGUAUUCAAUUGAAUCCUUAACCUUCUCAUUACGUUAACUUGUUCCCGUUGCUAAGGCAUUGACGAAAUCGUUUGAAUUCUUUCUUUAGGCGUUACCUGUGUGGUGGGUCCCCUUAAAGGCAACAUGCCCAAGUUCUACAUGAAGCCUGUCACAGCGUUUGGAGAUGCUCUCGUUGGACAAGAGGGAAAUCGCCUUUCAGAUGAAGGUACAUUAAAUUGUUUGAGGCAUUUGUAAAGAGCGUUGGAACAUGAAAAAAUUCUGGUUUCCCCACGUAUUGUCAAACCUUAGACCUUCUGAUUUUGUGCUCGGCGAGAAUUACACAUACCUCCGUGUCGAGUAAGGGGUAAUACCAUUUGAUUCAUGUGAAAAAGAAUAACAACAACAAAAAUAGAAAUAACAACUUGAACAACAGCUAGGGCAUCGUCAUCAUCAGCAAAGGCUGUUUUAAAUGCUUUUUCAAUGGCUCUUUCUUACUACAAAAUAAAAGGAAAACGUAAAAAAGGGUCGUGUUGUACCAUGUAACAAUAAUCUUUUUUACUGCAACAGGAUCAACGCCGCUGAAUUUGGAAAACAAAUACAUUUCAAUUGACUGGAGGAAUUAUCCACGAUCACCGGAUUUUGUUGACGUGGACGAAAAAAAAGACUGGGUAUGUUAGGACCUAACUUGACCCUUAAACUCCCGUGAGAGACCAAAACAGAAUUUCUCUUUACAAUAUCUAUACAAUAUCAAACAGAGAAGUGACGAGAAUAAGGAAAAAUAUCAAUUUAAGAGAUUAGUAGUUGAUCCAACACUAAAUUCUCCGAACUAACAUCAUAAGGCUUGUAUGGCAGACAGUGAGGAGAAUUAAGGAGAUCUUGGGAGUGAAAGAGUUAAACGUACAGUUCUAUAUCACCAGUUCGCUAUGCUUUGUUUUGAGUAUCUGUCUCCACUUGAAAGUGUACGGGAUAUACUUGACAAGAACACAUGUCACACACUUUCAGAUGUUAACUUCUUGUUAUUUUUUAAAGUUAUUUUCAGGGUUAGCCUUAACUAAAUGUUUCCGAGAGAGAAUUGUUAAAAUAUUAUUUUGCUGAAAACGUAUCAAUAUUCUGUUGAAAGCAAUAAUUUGAUGAUUUCGUCUAGCAAGAACGGUUUCGUCAGUGGUAGCUCAUCAUGGGUAUAUUUGUCGCAUUUACUAGCCUUUUUCACUUUAUUUCAGGAUUUCGAAGAACAUCCGUCAUUCAAAUCAAUAAUGAUGUCAGGUGAAUAGUUGCCUUGAUUAUUUUUGACUCGAGUUUUUCAAAUGUUUUGUUACAAAGCGUUUUCAAAUCCACUUUAUUACACUGAAAGAAAUAUUUCUCUUCUUUCUUCAGAGCCGUACAGUUGUUCUUUAAAACAGUGUCUAGAGCUGUUUACAGAACCCGAGACAUUGAGUGAAAAUGACGCUUGGUAAGCCGGCUUUCCUCUUAGGAAUGUUGCUCGAGUGUCUCGAUGGUUUGAUGGCUUUUAUGGUUAACGGUUACAAUUUUUAGCCAUUUUAUGACUAACAGUACAGCUCCCUUCCAUUGUACAUUAAAGGAAUAUUUUUACGGUUAACUUUUUUUUUUACUACCAACGAUUAAAAUGUGUCAAAUUUUACACCUAACGGCUAAAUUAUUUGGCGCUUUUAUGGCUAACGGUUAACGCCACUGAGACCCUCUUGCUUUCGCCGUUGAUAUUUACAAAGCAUAUGAAAUCUGCGUACGAAAUUGACUGUUGCGCAUGUGAGUAAGGCUUUGCUCGCUGAUUUGCAGGUACUGUCCUCAGUGUAAAGCCCAUCGUGAGGCCACUAAGCAGUUGUCAGUGUGGCGUUUGCCGGAGAUACUUAUCAUUCACCUGAAGAGAUUCUCCUUCCGGAACAUCUUGUUUAAAGACAAGAUAACGAAAUUAGUCGAGUUUCCGUUAAGGUUGGUGAAUUUAUUUAUACGUUGCAUGAGAACUAGCGACAUCCAUGCUUUUUUAAGGAAUGUUCUGAUAACAUUACCCGCAGUUAAGUGAAAUUUUGCGAGACUAUUUCAUCUGUUGUUACUUUUUUUUCCGGUUGAGAUGAUAUUUCAAACAAGUCGGGUCAGAGCCUUUUUCUUUUAUGAUGUUGUCUCACUCGUGUUAUCUCCAGUUAUCUCUCUUCUGAGAGUGUUUCGUAAUGUAAUAAAGCAAGGCGCAGCCAGUUCUCUGACACUUUCUUUGUUUUAUGAAGCUUUUGUCUCCGUUGGCAAAGCUAAAUGUCUUAGCUAAGGAUUUAGAAAAGUUUUUAUAUUUCCGAUCAUUAGAGAAACUUUUUUUUUUUUUUUCGUCGCCGUUAUGUUAGGGGCCUGAACAUGUCUCGCUUCACUCUUGGUAAAGAUGACAACGAAGAAUCAUUGUACGAUUUGUUUGCCGUUGCUAAUCACAGUGGAACAGUCAGCUUUGGUCAUUACACCGCAGUCGGUCGGCUGGCAGAGGCAGACCAUCCUACCAACGGACUGAGUCGUGAUGGCUUGGGUUUGUACACACAUUGUUGCUCUCACGUUGUGUGGGAAUGGAUAGGGCGGGAAAGGGGGUCGAUGUACACUGCGUGAAUGGUGCUAAAAAUAAUUGAGUGUCUAAGUCGUUGCUUUUGAAGUUUAAUAAUAUACAUGAAAAAAUUACUCAGUUCUGAUUGGUUAAGAUAAAUGCAGUUUUCAGGUAAUUCAGUGCAGAAGAGGGUUAAUUCAGUGCAAAGAAAGAAACAAAUCAGACAUUCUGAUCGGUCAAUAAUCAAAGAAACUCACAGACAGCCAAUCAAAUGCGAGCCUUGGAUGUCGCAACAAAUUUGAAAAUUUGCGAGCGAAACAAUGGCUGGCGUUUUAGGUAGGUUUCCUUUCGCCACCGCGGCUGAAAAACAGCUCAAACAACGAAAACACUGUAAAAAGCACUGCUUUUUGGUUGUCGGUUUGGAAAAAGUGGUGUUUAGAGAAGAGAAUUGCCAAGGAAAUCGAAAAUUACAAACCGACCCAGCUUAACACUUUGCUCGAGCAAUCCAACGCCGAAAUUAAAAACAAACAUGGUUAAACCUCGGAAACGACGGUUCCAUUUCAUCGAAAGUGAUUCGAACACAGACUGAACAAUUCCUUGAACUGUUUAGCCGGACUUUGAACUCUUUUGUGCCUUGAAGAUGUGAAGAUAUCAUUGCAUAUUAUUGUUUUGAUCGUACGCGGUUGUUUUGACCGAACGCACAGUUUGAAUAAACUAUUUUUGCACUUGAUGCGCGUGCUUUGCUUAUGCUUAAUGAUGAUAAGCCAUCUCGUAUUUUUUCAUGUUUAUUAUAAACACGUAAUCACAUGACUUUUCUUGAGCAAUUUGGAAUAAAUAAGCACUUAUUAAUUUUUUCAAAGACCGCAAAUUGCACUCGCCCUACGGGCUCGUACAAUUUUAUUAGUCUUUUAAAAAAUUUACUCGUGCUUAUUUAUUCCAAAUUGCACUCGAAAUCAUGUGAUUACCUAUACAAACAUAUUUGAUUAUUAUGGCAAAAUCAGCGAUCAAGACGACGUUGAGAAAUAAUGACGACUAUGACAGGUUGAGAGAUUUAAAACCACGCUUGCUUGAGCAGUAGUUCAACUUUAAGAAGCGCAACAACUGCCAACGUUUUUGGGUCUAGUGUUUUAUUUAAAUGGCACAGUGGCGAGCAUUAGAUACGUAGCCUUAAGCAGUUGUGUAGGGCUGAAGUAGGUCAGAGAGUAAUCCCGAGCGUAAAGAGCGGAAUGAAGUAUAGUAUGCCCUGCCCUAGUAGCAAGUGUUACGUAAUUUGCAGCUGUAACCUGGUGAAGGUGUAUCUGUGAUAUGUGUUUUGUUUUUGUAAAAAUCAAUUUAACUUGCGUCUUUUCACCUCACAGUACUUGGUUUUACUGAUUUUCAUCUCAUUUCCACAGGUUGGCGUUAUUUUGAUGACCGGCAUGUCACGGAGACCCAUGAGGAACGCGUCGUGUCCAAGUACGCUUACGUGUUGUUCUACAAACGGCGGCCCACUGCUAAUGACUUUGUAAAACAACUUAGCACCCUGGAGCAAGCUGAAGAAGCUGAACAAGCUGUUGAUACCAAAGAAGAAAGCCUAGAGGACAUUGACGAGAACGAGCUAGAUUGAAGUACAUUUGUAGAGUACCUUGUGUAAAUGGCUCACUAAAAAGUACAACCUGUAACCCCAUGUAGAUGGAUAUCUUAGCGCUAGGUUACUAUGUAUAACAAAACGAGCUAGAUUGAGCGAGCUAGAUUGAAGAACAUUUGUAGGGUACCUUGUGGAAAUGUGUCGUUAAAACUACUAUCUGUAGUCCCAUGUAGAUGGAUAUCUUGCCGCUAGGUAAGUAUAAAAUUAUGAACUGCGGAAAUAGCUUUAAAAAGUACAGCUUUGUAUUCAUUCAGCGAGGUGAUGAACAUGAAGCGGAAAAAUAGGGCUCCACUGAAAGUUUGUAUAUCUUAGUUGACCAGGUUUAAGGAAACUUCAGUUCGUUUAAUGCAUGCUUGUAGUUAAGUUCGUUGUAUAUUUUGUUUCCCAAUAUAAAUGUCUUGCAUAUUUUGCCUUGGUUUAAAAGUCUGCAUCUUCUUGUCUAGCUCUGUAUGCUUAUAUGUACAGUUAGGGAUUUGAAGUUCGCGAUAUUUCGAGUUCAGCUAUUUUUGUGGUAAGGAAGAAUAUUUUUAAUACUUGGGCCUAUUUGGUUCUUUUAUUUCUAACUUACUCUAAUUGUUCGAACUAGAUGGAUUAAGCUUCUUUAAGUUAUAGUUAUUAAAAUUAUUCGCCACAGCCCUAUGGUACAGUUUAGCAGACGUAGGGGAGCGUGUGGCACCUUUCGAAGGAUUCCCGGUAGGUUAGGGUGGGGGAGUUGGAGGUAUCUCACAGUUCUACUCAUGAAACUGAUUUGUAGUGAAACUCUACAGAAGAGAAAGGGGAAAAAAUGAUGAGGAAAAGAGCAGCGGAAUUUGGGAGCAUGAUUAUAGGAUGAUCAUCCAAAUAUCAACGAGGGAAAAUGUUUAUUUGCUUUAUAAAUACCGGAAAAUUCAUCUUAUUUGGGUUUUUUUUUUUUUUUUUAAUCGGAGUGAUUGUCGCUGAUAGAAAGCUUCUCAGUUCUCAACCAGUUAACUCGUUCUCUCUCGGUCAGUUAUUGCCGUGAGAAAUACAUACGGAGAAUUGAACGCGAUCAAAAUUUGUAAAGAAGAACAGAAUGACAAUUAAAAGGAAAGCAUAGGAAGGUGCGAUUAAGUGCAAAGAAGCAGUGGCUAAAUAAGGUUACUUCCUUUAAGUAAAUAAAUAAAUGAACG